UCGUGCGUAAAACUGUGGUGCGCCUCGCCGGGAGUGAGGAAACGUGUUUCCAGUUCGUUCUUACAGGCUCCUCUUGUUGUAAUUUGCCGCCAUUCUGCUGGAAUACGUUGAAUAAACGCUUCCGUCGGUCGCGCGGGUUGAACUGACCGGCGGUGUGGCGCAGCGGUGUAAACGCCAAGCUCAGGAUUUGUCACCCGGCAGCAGCAGCGGCGGCGGCGGCGGAAUACUUGUGUCUUGAGGAGAGUGGAGUCGCUCGGCAGUGUCCAAAAGAAAACAGGCAGUUGCUAACAAGUACUUAGCAAGUCAGCCAGUUAGCCUGUCAGCUAGCCUGCUCCCUCCACUGCCACUGUAAGUCCCACCCUCACUAAGUGCGUGGACGUCGUAAGAGGCUGCAGCGGCGAAGUCGAAGCUUUUCCCUCUAACUUAGCCAGCAUCGCUGUACAGCUGGCUGGCAAGCUAAUAUAGCCGUCUGAACAUUAGCAAGGUGACGCUAACGUAAAACCGUUGGCUUUACGUUGUACCAGUGAGUUCUGUGGAGAGAUACUGUCGCUACACUGGCAAAGAGACUGGCGAGAAAGAAGAGGCGAAAUAAGGGAGAACAAGGAAGACACCGAGCAGGAGGGGACUGGCUAGUUCAGCCGGGGAGACUGAAUCGCACAUAGACAGCAAACACCGCCACCGACCACACACAGCCAUGAGUAUUGAGAUACCGGUGGGGUUGACAGAACUGCUGCAGGGCUACACUGUGGAGGUGCUGCGACAGAGGCCGUCAGACCUGGUGGAUUUUGCAGUACAAUACUUCACCCGUUUGCGGGACACCAGAAAUCAGGAUGGGGCUGGCGCUGGUGGCAAGACGGCGAAAGGAGUGAUGUUUGACGGGGAGCCGAUGCAAACAGAGUCCAACGGAGAUGAUGAUGAAGAUGAUGAUUCUGACUUUGAACCACCCCCACCCAGCAGAUUCAACAGGAGAGUGUCAGUGUGUGCGGAGGCGUUCAACCCAGACGAUGACGAUGAGGACACGGAGCCCAGAGUGGUUCACCCAAAAACAGAUGAGCAGCGCUGCAGACUGCAGGAGGCCUGCCGAGACAUCCUCCUCUUCAAAACACUAGACCAGGAGCAAUUCUCGGAGGUGCUGGACGCCAUGUUUGAGUUGAGGGUUCAGCCCCAGGAGCACGUCAUCGACCAGGGAGACGAUGGAGACAACUUCUAUGUCAUAGAGAGGGGGGUGUAUGACAUCGUGGUAUUAGGAACAUGUGUGGGUCAGUAUGAUAAUAAGGGCAGCUUCGGGGAGCUGGCUCUCAUGUACAACACGCCACGUGCCGCCACCAUCAUCGCCACCCAGGAGGGGGCGCUAUGGGGACUGGACCGUGCCACAUUUCGUAGACUCAUUGUGAAGAACAACGCCAAGAAGAGGAGGAUGUAUGAGUCGUUCAUUGAGUCUGUGCCCUUACUCAAAUCACUGGAGGCGACAGAGAGGAUGAAGAUCGUGGAUGUAUUAGGAGCGAAGCAGUUCUCAGAUGGUGAACGCAUCAUCACACAGGGAGACAGAGCUGAGUGCUUCUUCGUCGUAGAAUCUGGGGAGGUGAAGAUCAUGAUGAAGAGUAAAACGAAGGCGGAUCAUGCAGACAAUGCGGAAGUGGAGAUAACGCGCUGUAGCAGGGGUCAGUACUUUGGGGAGCUGGCCCUGGUCACUAACAAGCCCCGAGCCGCCUCAGCCUACGCAGUCGGCAGCGUCAAGUGUUUGGUAAUAGACAUCCAGGCGUUCGAGCGCCUCCUGGGCUCCUGUAAGGAGAUCAUGAAGAGGAACAUCGCCCACUAUGAGGAGCAGCUGGUGGCUCUGUUCGGCUCCAGCAUGGACCUGAGAGACUGAGCCUCCCACGAGACCUCCGUGCCUUCUACUACACACACACACACACACACGCACACACACGCACACACACGCACACACACGCACACACACGCACAACCAUGCCCUCUCUCACAUCAUGCAGUGGCUAUACAGACUCAUAACAAGCUUUACACAGCCAUGCAAACAGAUGACUCACACAGUAUGAACACACACACACACACACACACACACACUGAUCCAUAUAUAGGCACUGAGAGAUACCCACUUCACUUAGUCUGCUCACCCUCGUGCACAUACUAGCUCAACACACUCCGUGAUAAGCUCACACACACACACACACACACACACACACACAGCUAGCUAAGGCCACACACUUGUUUGAGCCAGCUCCAACCUCUCAGUAUGAAUGUCUUUGCUGCAAUGACCUUACUACAGGUAAAGCAGUGUAAGGACAUUACACACACACACACACACACACACACACACACACACACACACACACACUCCAUGUUUAAAAACACAUCAUCAUGCUUCAUAUGUGCAGGCUUUGCAUUCACACAAGCACUUAAACAACUCAAGGUUGUUCCAACGAGCCUCAGCCAAGGACACAUCAACACACACACACACACACACACACACACAGGGUACAGAUACAGACACACAUAGGCGACCACACUUGCAAAAAUGGACACAUUGUGGUAAAAUGGAGAGAAAAACUUUAAAAAUCUCUGAAAAGGAAAACGAAACAAAAAUGAAAAAAAAAAAAAAAAAAGUUUAAAGAACAGAGAAGUUUUAGAAUCGUUUUAUGAAGAUAAAAACAGAAGCUUUGAUAAAACAUUAUUUAAAUAAAAAAAAGUGUUUCCUCUUCAGGAGGCUGGGGUGCAGACCUUUGUGAGCGCGCUCCGUUUCUUCCUCUACUGUUGUUGAUUGAGUUGAAUUGAGUUAGUGCUGGUGAUCAUUGCAGUACCACAGAAGAAGCAGUGAAAACAAUAACAACCCUACGUUUUCUGGGCCAUUGUUAUUCUGUCAUUGACGCCACACUUCAUUGUAUUGAAUUAAUUAUUAAUGUAUUGUUAUUAUAUAUUCAUUUAUUAUUUUUGUUUUGCUUUGACCAAUCCUGAUAAAUUUACCAUCCAUCUCUGACAAAAUGUAAAAACAGAAAAAAUUCUAAUAAAAACAAUAGUGCUUAUUUCUCCUUGAUUACCCUUGAAUGAGUUGUCCUGGAUAAAAAACUGAAAAAAUAAAGCAAACAUUUUGUUAA